AUGAUCGUUGGACAAGUGAGCAUCCACGGUGGAGAGGGAGGCUGCCUCUUCAACUGUUGUCUGUCCGCAUGCAAAAUUAAGGGGACUCGUGGAGCGGAGACCUUGGAACGCUGUCACCCACUUCCCGCUGCCAUCACCGCUUCCCACUGCCACCCUGCUGCCAUCACCGCUUCCCGCUGCCACCCUGCUGCCAUCACCGCUUCCCGCUGCCACCCUGCUGCCAUCACCGCUUCCCGCUGCCACCCUGCUGCCAUCACCGCUUCCCGCUGCCACCCUGCUGCCAUCACCGCUUCCCGCUGCCACCCUGCUGCCAUCACCGCUUCCCUCCCGCUGCCACCCUGCUGCCAUCACCGCUUUCCGCUGCCACCCUGCUGCCAUCACCGCUUCCCGCUGCCACCCUGCUGCCAUCACCGCUUCCCGCUGCCACCCUGCUGCCAUCACCGCUUCCCGCUGCCACCCUCCUGCCAUCACCGCUUCCCGCUGCCACCCUGCUGCCAUCACCGCUUCCCGCUGCCACCCUGCUGCCAUCACCGCUUCCCGCUGCCACCCUGCUGCCAUCACCGCUUCCCGCUGCCACCCUGCUGCCAUCACCGCUUCCCGCUGCCACCCUGCUGCCAUCACCGCUUCCCGCUGCCACCCUGCUGCCAUCACCGCUUCCCGCUGCCACCCUGCUGCCAUCACCGCUUCCCGCUGCCACCUGCUGCAUCAUCCACCGCUUCCCGCUGCCACCCUGCUGCCAUCACCGCUUCCCGCUGCCACCUGCUGCCAUCACCGCUUCCCGCUGCCACCCGCUGCCAUCACCGCUUCCCGCUGCCACCCAUGCUGCCAUCACCGCUUCCCGCUGCCACCCUGCUGCCAUCACCGCUUCCCGCUGCCACCCUGCUGCCAUCACCGCUUCCCGCUGCCACCCGCUGCCAUCACCGCUUCCCGCUGCCACCCUGCUGCCAUCAACCGCUUCCCGCUGCCAUCACCGCUUCCCGCUGCCACCCGCUGCCAUCACCGCUUCCCCGCUGCCACCCUGCUGCCAUCACCGCUUCCCGCUGCCAUCACCGCUUCCCGCUGCCACCCUGCUGCCAUCACCGCUUCCCGCUGCCACCCGCUGCCAUCACCGCUUCCCGCUGCCACCCUGCUGCCAUCACCGCUUCCCGCUGCCAUCACCGCUUCCCGCUGCCACCCGCUGCCAUCACCGCUUCCCGCUGCCACCCGCUGCCAUCAUCGCCUCACUGCUGUCGCCCUCCAGCAGCACGUGCAGCAACGCCCUGGAUGCAUAGUAGUGUUUAUGACUUUUCUCGUCUCAAUAAGCAAAUGCUUCAUCUGUUUGUUCCUCAUGUGAGCCACACACUUGUCCGGCUGUAA